AUGCUGAAUGUGAGUUCGAUUUCAAAAUGAUAGUAUGAAAACAAGCGCUGGUUGAAGAGGUUCUCUGGGCCAGACUCGCAUUUCAUUUGCAAUGUUACGCAAAAUGCUCAAAGAACAAACGAAGAAAACAACGGGGUGAUUGGUGCCAUCCGUUGCGCUUUCACGUGAACUUUCACCACAAAGUGAUCCGAGCGAGAGCUCAUGUGUGGGGUGAGCGUUAGAUGGGGGAAAGGCUCAAGUGAGGGUAAUAAAUUUUGUUUGAAUGGAAGCCGGAUAGAGACAAUAAAUAGUCUGAAAUGGUUACCCGCAAUAGGAAGUGGUUUUCGUGAGAAGUUCUUCCUAAUUGACUUCCUAAUUGAGGAAUCGAGUUGAAACCAAAAAAGCGCACCAAAACUAAAUGAGCGUACUGUUUUAAACGUUUUCAGUGAUCACUUUAUACUAUUAAACUGCUUGCUAAAAAAGUUGUUCCGCAAGUUUUUCUAAAAUGCAAUUGUCUUCUCCAAGUCCCCAGUCUCCCAGUCUUAUUUAGUCCAAAAAUACAAUUAUUGAAAUGAUUAUGGCGAUUCGAAGUUUUCUCUUUGGUUCAAACGACAAAGACGACGUCGAAGAACUUUGAUCAAAAAACUAUUUUCUCCUUCCUUUUUUGAUGAUUUCUAGUUUCUGUUCUUGUACUUGCGCCCGACGCAGAAUCAAAUUCCACAAUGUUUUGUCGAUUUCCGAUAAUACCUGACAGACGUUGCCCUAUGGGCUCGCAAAUUGAUAGGAAAACCAGUCGAGUGAACUCUGGUCUUUACUCCCCUUUUCAGCCAAUUCAGUCCUGUCACCUGAUCAUGGAAUCCUUUCAAGAUGAAGUCAUUUCUCUUCUUCAUUCUUCAUUCUUCAUGUUGCCUCUUAACUUUUUUCUCUUCUCAUUACAAAAAUAACUCACUUCCGAUUGCUUUUUUUGGCGAAAGUUACACUUUGUUUUACAACGCAACAACAUCACGAUUUCCGCUUUAAAACCAAUGUUUCCAUUCAAGAAAAGUGUUUCCUUUUCUGUUUAACUCGCCCGUUGCUAUCGUCUCAAUCUUUGCAAGGACAAUACAACACAAUACGGUCGUCCGUUUCAGGGAGAAUUCAUCAAUGGGCCAUCCUGAAGAUUAGUGGAGAGAUCUGUGUCAAUGUACUCGGAUCGUGGAUUCUUUGUUCCGCACUUUCACCAGAUAAACUUUCCCUUUCUUCAUCCUUUCCAUUUUAUUCGGGUUUCCCCUCCCAUCCAUUCCAAUCCUUCACUCAUUUCUGAUUGCAUCAAAACGUCCAGAAAGCUCGGCCGUUUCCAAUUUAUUCUCUGUUCACUCAUAACACUCUAUCCCCAUUUUCCCCUCUUUCUCUCUCUCUCUCGUUCGCUCAUCAUGUGAGAUGAAAGGGCGAGAGCGCGAGAGGGUAUAGAGAGAAGAGUGGAAAGCUUCCAGCGCUUCGUUUCGAAGUACUGGACGCCCACUCACUCGCUCCUUCACUCGCAUACACACAGAUGCCCCUCUUCUUCAUCUUCAUCCACUAUUUUCUCGCAUUCUGUGCGCAACGCGACGCGAUCAAUGUUAUUGUGGUGGUCGUCCGAGGACGGAAUGCGGGGCCUCUUGCAGUCUGCCGUGCUAACAACUCAUCUCUCGCUUCUGCUCUGCGUCUCCCACAUUUGCCUGCUCUCUCGUCGCCGGUAGGAGAGAGCGGGCAGCUGGUUGGCCGGUAGCGAGACAGCGUGGGGGAGCCGGAGGGCGCGCAGACAUCAAAAGCACACCACCCCACCACGUUCGGUCGCUCUUCCCUCUCUUCGCUCUUCGCAACGUCUCUUCUCGACGCAAUGUUUCUUCACAACCGACAUGCUUUCCUUUCCUUUCCUUUCCUUUUCCGGUCGUUUCGAUUCCGCUCGUUCUAUUCCUCUCUUCUCCAACCGCCGUUCGGUUACUCCUUUUUCUUGACUUGCUGGCUGUUUGACAGGAGAAAAACGCGUCGUUUUUUGCACUAUUUACGUUGUAGCUGUCUCUCCAUCACAACUUUGUUCGCUUUCUAUUUGAACACUCUCCGCUUUUUUUUUGCUCUUCUUAAACUGUACUAUUUUACAGGGUAUAUUGGCCAAAAAUAAUCCGGAAAAGGAAUGGAUUGGUAAACUGUCAUCUGACCACCACUUCUGGGCAACAACACCUCGUCACUACGGAUUAAAAACUCAUGGUGGGUCGUGUUUAUUGCGAAAUGUGUGUGGAAAUGUUCUAUUUUCAGAUGCUGGUUUAAUGUUUUGUCAUUCGAAUCAUCUCACGGCUUUCAACAUCAGACCACUAUUGGGGCCUCGUCUUCCGGAGCGGCAGAGAAUGACGUCAUCGACCAACUCGGAAAUUGUCUCGUCUCUCCCAGUAUUUUAAACUUUUGAUAGCACAAACCGACAUUAGACCUUAUAGAGUUUUAAUUUGAUGUGUCUCACGAACAAUUACGGAAAAACCUGGAACCUUGAUAUAGUCCGAACCUAUAGAUAUGGGUCUAUUCUACGGUAG